AUGUCUUCAAAAUCCAAUUCAGUGGCACCUUCGUCAUCCAUUACCAAUCUGGCCAACAAAGUCAUCAACCGUAUCGCCAAUAACAGUAAUAGCAACAACAAUAGUAAUCAUAACAACAGUAGUCAUAACACAAUGGAGGAAGAAGAGGACUCUGGCGAAAAUGAAGAUGACGAAGAUGCAGGAAUAAUCCGUUGUAUCUGCAACUAUACUGAUGACGAUGGAUUCACCAUCCAAUGCGAACGCUGCCUUGUAUGGCAACAUGCCGUCUGUGUUGGUAUUGGUCAAUCUAAUGUCCCAGACAAAUACCUUUGCGAGCUCUGUAGUCCUCGCUCUGUCGACAGGAAACGUGCCAACGAGAUUCAACGGAGGAGAAAUGGAACUUUGGAGCGCAAAAGAGAAAAGUCACCUUCAAGGAAAAAACCUACUGUAGGAAGACCUCGGAAACAAUUCGGUUCAGCAAACAGUGCUCUUUCAGACCAGAACGCCGCCCCUGGCUCCACAACCUCCAACUCAAAGGAAAAUGGCGCACAUCAUAGUGUAGGCAGCAAUAGUGUGAGCAACGGUUUUCAAGGAAAAAACCCUUCAAUGUCAAUAGAUGUAAAUGGGAGGAGGAGUAAAGGCGCCACAAGCAACAAGCAUUCUCAACUUCAAUCCCACAGCAACCCUUCACCCUUGCAGCAUUCUUCCAAUAAACAUAAAUCAGCUGGACAAGCCAAUGGCUCCAAGACGUCUUCAAAUAUUAAUGACGAUGAGGACCUGGAUAUGGAGAAUGAUGGUCAUGACACUAUGGGAGCCUACCAGGUCGAGUUUUCGUCCAUCGACACAAAUAUUGUCACGUCAAAGCCUGUCCAAGACCUCUUUCGACAGGUGAUCGCCCAGUUCCGACAAGCACAAUCAAGAAAGCGAUCACUCUCGUUGACUUCAGGGGUGAAGCUUCACGAGCUUGUUGCUGCCAGUGCCAAUACAGGCAGUAAUAAUACCCAAUCAUCUAUAGGAACCGAAAGCACCGAGUCUUCAUCCGGCUCACUUGGAUCACAGCUUCCUCCGACGCCGCCAACAUCCAACACUGAUCCUUCUAAUGUAGUUUCUAUGGAGCGUGAGUCCUUGGCGCGACCUCUUAUGAAGACAACUGUCAAGCACAUUUUGUCUUCAUCAAAGUCGACUCAUUCCCCAACACCGCAAUAUGGACUCUUCGCAGAAAGCAACAUUGGCGCAGGAAGAUUCAUGAUGGAAUUCAAGGGCGAAGUUUCCCUUAAAUCAGCUUACAAGGCUGAUCCUAUCAACCAAUACUCCAUUCUGGCCACCCCAAAACCCUUUGUCCUUUUUCAUCCUCACCUCAACCUCGUUGUUGAUGCAAGACGAAGUGGUAAUGAUGCUCGAUUUGUUAGAAGGUCAUGUGUACCAAACACAGAAGUCAAAAGCAUUGUCGUCCCGGGAGUUCAGGAUCAGACUGUUCACCUUGGUUUAUUCGCAAAGGUUCCUAUCGCUAAAGGCCAGGAGAUUACUCUUGACUGGGACUGGAAUAGGGAUCAUCCGGCGUUGCAACCCAUUGGGGCCUCGUCAGAUAAGCCAAAGGACAACUCCGUAAAACGUAAUACCAAGGAAAUCCGGAAGGCUAAGCAUCUUGUCGCAUCUACUUUACUUGCACAAACAGACUGCGCUUGUGAAAACAAAGAAACAUGUUUAUUACAUCGAAUGUUGAGAGAUGGAAUGUCUGAAUCUGGGGCUCGCGACCAUGAAACCCCUACUACGACUAAAGGAAAUCGUCCAAAAAAGGGAACCACUGCCGAGAGUUUGCGACAGCGGUAUGGUAAUCAGAGAGACAGACCAGAUGGGAAGCGCUCAGCAGAUCAGGAAACGAGCGACGAAGACCUUUCUAUUGCUGGAAGCAGCCCAAGACGGAAGUCUCCUAAAGCAAGCAAGCUUGAGAGUUCUUCUAAAAAGGCACGACAUGAGGCCUCACCAAAUAAUCUUCGGAGUAAUCGAGAACAAGACAUGGAGUCGGAUUCUGAUUCAGAUGAUCAGCGACGACGCAAACAGCCUACAUCAGAGAGAGUAGGAUCGCCACCCAAGCGCUCUAACCUUGGAAGUCCAGAAAUGUCGGUGCGGGAAAUGAAGCAGGCUCUGAUUCAAAUUAAGAAGAUGGAAGAUAGGGAUGCGGCCCACGCAGGACAUGCAAAGCAAAAACCAGCAGAAGCUAAACUUGGUGUUACUUCAAAGUCUCGGACAAGGAGCAAAGGCCGAUCACAAGAAGUCGAGCAAAAACCCUCAUCAUCUCAUAAAAACACUAACGCCAUUGAAGACGACGAUGUUUCUAUUGGCGAUAGUGGAAUUGACUCCGAUUCUAAUAACCGAUCUUCCCAAAAGGACUCUUUCCUCGCAAGGAACAAACAGUCUAAAUCUCAAGGUAAAUGGGAUAUGGAACAAUGGGACCAGGAUAUGCCGUCACAUUCGUCUGCAGCAUCAGAUUCUGACAGGACAGAGUCUAGCAGCAGGGUGCUCAGAAGAGCUUCUUCAAUUUCAUCUGAAAAGAAGCAACCUUAUACUGCUGCGUCCAGAGGGAAGCGUAUGGCAAACUACUCAGCCUCAGAAUCCUUGUCUAAGAAGCGCUCUACAUCCCACACAUUAGAGUCACAAGACGAUCUUCAAAACAUCUCACGAUCAAGCUCUAUGGAUGGAAGCUUCGUAAGCAUCCUCGGGAACACAAGUGACGAAGAGGGUGAAUCCUUUCAUGAGACAGAGCGGAGGGUUUUGCGAGAGAAAAAUUUGCCAAAGGAGACAUUUCCAACAGUAUCCCUUAGAUCGUCUGCCUUGCCUUGCAAAAAGGUUUGGAAGAUGAUUUAUCUCAAACAGAGGGCACUGGCGGAGGCCGAAGCGCUUGAGCGGGCUGAGGAGAUGAGGAAGAAAGCUGAGGAAGUGUUCGAUAUCAAGAUGGAGGAGAGCGAUGUGUCAAUAAAUGGUUCCAACGUAUCCACAGUUGCGAACGACCCUACAGCUGUCGAGUUACCAUCAUCCGAAUCAGAUGAUGCCCUCAAACGACCAAAGGAACCCGCCACUUUUCAACCGUCAUUUGAAAAUGACGACGCUCUACAGCCAUCCAUUGUUGAAGGCGAUGUUCUCAAUCUAUUUCAUGAAGACGUCAAGCCGGAGAAUAGUUCAUCAGGACCAGUUAAGCGUGGGCAUCACCUUGAAUCAAGAGCAGAGGAAAAGCUCAAGUCUCGUGCACCAGUUAUAAAGCAACCAGUUGUAAUUAAGCCUCAAGAGUCCAACGCUGGCUCGCACACAGCUACAAUGACUGACCGACUGGAGAUAUCUCAAAAGUCUAACAUGGAGCCAUAUCAUGCAAAGCGAGCUGUUUCGAAUUCACCUAUUCCUUCUAAAGUCUCGCUUGAGGCUGCACCGACCUCUAUAGACACAGAUAAUCAUGUAUCCAAUGCAUCGGAAAGCAUAGAUGUAGAGAUGAGUGAGCCUGGUCCUAACAAAGGCGUCGAUGGUGCGCAAAAUGCGUCUAUUGCUGCAGAUCAUGUAAGUUCCCUGGCAACCUCACAACCAGAGCCAAAAGUUGAAGCUGCCCCAGUUAUUCCAAAAGUCAAACUUUCACUGCAAGAGUACCAGAAGCAGCGCCAAGAGGCCUCACAGCGUAAUGUUUAUGCUGAAUCAGAGAUUCUAAAGCAGGAUAAAACUGGAUAUGAAGGGUACGAUGACGAGGACGAAGCGUUUAAUGAGGCAAGUCAGGAACCUGUAGAUAUUGAAAUGGUGGAGUCAAAGGGUCCGGUGACACUGUCGGUGUCAGAGAAAGGGCCAUCUUCAAGUGGUGACUACUUUCAGGUAGAGAGUAAUCUGCCGACACCUCUAAUAGGGUUGUCCUCCCGUACUCAAAGUGGUUCUACUAGUGAAUAUUUCCCUGUCCAGCCAUUCAGUCCUGCUUCUCUCGGCCCUGCGUCAUUCUCUAAGCUAAAUUUGAGUCCCUCGUCACCGUCACGGUCAUCUGCACCUAUGGAUACAUCCUCUCGACCCGAGGUAGAUCCCUCUGUUGAAGGAAGGUUUUUAGGGAAGCCACCAACUGGCCAGCGCUUGCCUCAUAGCUCCAGCCCCAGAGACCCUUCAAACGCCAAUAUGGUGCUGAAGAGUUCUGUAAAUAAAUCUGGAUCAUCCCCUCCACCCAACAAUCCCAACAAUAGCAUUUCUGGAUGGAGAACACCUCGUAAUCAACGAGGACAUUCGCCCCCGGCGCCAAUGUCAAUUGGAACUAAUGGGAAUUAUCGCAGUAUGCCAUCUUCAGAAUAUCGGUCCAUGGAUGCACGAUCAUCGGAUGCCCGUUUAGCCUCUCCUCGGUUCUUUGGUUCACCUUCUGAUCGAUCGGAACGGACAGCUCCUGGAUCUUUAAAUUCACCUGCGAGGGAGCGUCAGCACUCGUUGACUUCAGGAUCCAUUCCGUCUUCACCGUUCGAGCCUAAUCAUCUAUCAUCCAAUGUUCACUAUGGUUACAACGAGGAGCCUUCAUUUAAACGUACAGGACCUUUGUCUUCGCCGACAGGUCAUCCUGGAUCAUCUGGUCCACGUGAUUACUACAAAGGAGAUGAGCGAGCUCGGCACCGAUCCAUGAAUGGAGAUGAAUGGAGCUACGGCGAUAUGGAUUCAUCUGGGUAUGGAGGUUACCGAGGCCCUCGUGGUGGCCCUCCUCCUCCUCCAAGAGACAGAGAUCGUGAAAGAGAUCGUGAACGUGAACAUGAUAGGGAGCGCGAGCGUGAACGCCGCGAUCGUUUUGAUCGACGGAACGAUUACUUUGGCACUGGUCCUUCUGGACCAGGUAAUGGAGGAGGCCAGGCCGGCAACAAUGGUGCAGGGUUUUAUGGAUCAAAUCGAGGACCUCGAGGAGGCCCUGGUGUACCGGGUGGAAUAGGUGGUGGAUAUGGUCGGCGGCCCAAUGACUAUUUCAAUGGCCAGGGACGUGAGGAAGGAUACAAUGGCAAUGGCCCGAGUAGCGGAAAGAAGGAUGGGCUGCCGGACAAUUCAUCUCUUUCAUACUAG